AUGGAAUCCUAUGCACAGCCAGUUCAGAUUUGCCUAUCAAGUUAUUCAAGUUUAAUAUUUGAAUUAUAUAUCCACAAAUAAUUUAUGCUUAAAUUUAAGAGGGUGUAUCACUUCUCCAAAUGGCCCAUUGUCGAUCUUCUCGACUACAAUCACUAGAUAAAUUUGCUAAAAUCACAACCUGCAAAACCUUAUAUACCAGAGCUUCUAGGACCCAAUUAUGAGAAAUACUAGCACACAUCCAUUUAAUUCGACUAUGUCUCUCAUAACUAGGAGCCAUCCGAGAUUUAAGUUCUCUCAUCUGCCCACCCUGAGUUUAAGUAAGCUGAUAGGAUAUUUUCAACUUUCGACCAACUCAAAUACGUAAGAGAAACUGAAUCCUUGAAACAUUAAAAAUUUGCUCUUAAAGAAAUCGAAGAAGAUGAUGUUUUUACAGUUGAUGCCAUGCAAUCCUACAAACCUAAAUUGACUUGCGACAAUCUUACAGAAAAUUAAUUAUUGCUCAUCAAUCUUCCCAUUAAUGUUACCAUCUAAGAAGUAUAAGACUUUGUUUAAUCCAAAACCAAUUAACAAGUCUAAGUAGAACUUCACACCUGUUCCCUCAAUAUUAAUGCUUAUGCCACUCUCACUUUUUAAAACUAAGCUGAAUAAUACAAAUCAUAACUACAUCUUACAAAAUUCAAUGGAAUAUUAUAAGAGUGCAGAUCCCUUGAAAAUACAGCAGAAGAAUCGCCAUUCAAUAGAACCCUUGUGAUUACCAAUAUUAAUAAAACUCUCUCCCUUUAAGAAGUAUUACACACUGUUGGCUAAUAUGGAAGAGUUCUCAAUGCUGUGAUUCCUUUGGAAGUCUAAAAUGUUGAUCUUCCCCUCUAUGAGGAUAUCAUCCAAACCCUAGUUGAUCCUUGUAAAAUAGAAAUCCUCAAUGUACAAACUGGGUUAACAGAAAUUGAAUUCUAUCCUAAUCUUGAAUAAUUUGAAUAGCUUUACAAAAAUUUCCCUGAAUAUUACGAUCCUAAACUUGAAUUAACCUUAUUCGAGUAUCAAUAAUAAAAAGACCAAAAAUAAGAUUAAUUCAGACUAUUCAGAUUGCUUAAUCAAAAAACUGUUAAAUGUUUGAAGGUCCCAAGUCACCUUAAAGAAAAUUAUAAGAAAUUGUGGGUUCCUUAAAUCAAUGUGGAAACUCCUAAGGAUAAUCUUCAAUACUAAUUAUAUGCUAAAACUUAUAAAAAUAGAGGUUACUGUGUAUGCACAUUUUCAAGUAAGGCCAUGGCUCAAAGAGCUUUAUUUGCUAUUAAUGCAGAAGGCACUCAUGAUUUAGCAGUCUUGUCAUUGCCUUUAUUGAAUACUCCUAAAUUCUAUCCUGAGAUUACAUCCCAUAGCAAUCAAGAAAAGUAUGGUGGCAAAUUCAGAAUAGAGAAUUUGGCAUAUCCAAAAUUAAGAGCUAUGAAAUCAUGGGAAGAUUUAGAAUUAUAUCAGAUUGAUUUGAUCUACAAUCUCAAAUAACUAGAAAGAAUUAGAACAUAAAUUUCUUAAGUCAGAGAUUAGACAAUUGAGGCUAUUUAGACCAAUUAUGAUACUUAUUAAAAGGAUUUGGAAGAGAAGAAAGAAAAAGUAAAGUAAAAGGCCUAUUCUGAAUUAAAUAAAAGUGAUGAAUAUAAGAAUUUUGUUGAAAAGAAUAGUUUUGCUGAAUCUUUAGAUUCUUUUGAAGACAGUGUAGCAGUUGUUAAAGAUACUAAACCUGGAAGAAAAUUUAAUUUUUCUAUUCACAACGAACAAUAUAAAAAUUAUGUUGAAGCAAUUAAAGACAGAGCAAAGGAUGUUAAAUUGAAAGAAAAAGAGUAUGCAGAUAAAUUAGUCAAAAAAUAUUAAACUAUAUUUAUAAGUGAUUCUAUAUAAAGAAAGUUAGAGAAGAAUGUUGAAAAGUCAGAUGACACAUUGUUGUCAUUACUUUAAGCAAGAGUACUAGGUGGCUAUGCAAAAAAGGAGAGAAAAAUGAAAAAGAGGCUUACUAGAGGUUCUAGGUUGGUGAGUACAGCUGCUAUGUAUGCUGCAGAUUCAGAGAUGCAAUUUAAAAGAAUUGGAGAAUUAUUUUCAGAAAUCCAGAAAAAAGGUAAGUAUGUAAUAAAUGAAGCGAAUAGAGAUUCAAAAGAGGCUUAAGCAAAAUUAGCAUAGAAAAUAGCAUUGAGAAGGCAAAGAAAAUUCAAACGUCGCUUUAGUAGUACUAUUUUGAACCCAUUUUAUUUAAAGAAAUUAGCUCUGCAAAAACAUGAAGAAUUUUUGGAGUAUAUUAAAAAAAUGUUAUUGGGAGAUGAAUCAUAAAAUGAAAGUUUAAUUGCUAUCCAUCCAUUGAAUCACAAAGAUUAAUUAAAGGUUAGUUUGGCUCUUGCAAAGGACGAUUUGGGAAAUGAAUUCUUGAAUGACAAAAUCAUCAAUUAUGUAAGAGAAUUCGAUAUUACUGAUGAUACUCGUGAUUUGAUUAGAUAAUAAGAAGCUAAUAGAAAACACUUAAUGAGUCAGAUCACAAAAGAUUAGAUUGCAAGAAUCAAAGAGUUUUCAAAAUAAUCUUACACACAAAAAUUAAUAUCAUUAGAUAAACAUGGAAUUACUACAGAAACUUUUGAAGUUACUGAUAAUGAAGUGGAUAUUAAUCAAAUGGUUAAAGAUUUGAAUACUUUUGUUGCUGUUGGAUCUGAAAAAUAUGAUUUUGUUGUUGAUAAAUUAACUAAGAAAAGAUACAUUAUAAAGAGUGAAAAACCAUUUGUUAAAUAUGAUUUAGAUGCAUUUUCAAUUAAAGAUUUAGGAGUUCAUAACUUAGAAAAGGAGUUUGUAGAUCUCUUGUCAAAGAAUGGCAUUUAAAGUGAUAAGGCUAUUGAAAUGCUUAAAGCCUUGGAGAAUGAUGGUUAGAUUUCAGAGGAGAUUUUGGAUUUAAUUGAUAAAUUGCCUGAAAAUACAGAAACAGAUUAUGAGAAAAUAUACUAAACAUAAGGAUUAACCAGGAAAUCAAAAUCAUUAGAUUUUAGAAAUAAUUUGGAUGAAAUUCAAAAUGAUAUCGAUUAAUAAGCAUAUUUAAAGGAUAUAUCUAAAAAGUAUUCUCCAUUGACAAAUGAUACUUUCGUCAGAGACAAGGAAUAAGGAAAACUUAAAAUAAAAAAUAAAAAUGGGAAAUUUUUGGUGCCUAAGCAAAAAAAAUAUUGA